CUCCCCUCCCCUUGUUGUGACAGAGCACACCUGCUUGAUCUUGGCUGCAUGCGCUCCGAGUCCAAUUACCCCAUAGGCCCUCUCAGCCACUUCACAGUCUCAUCCCCCUGCUCGACUGGAUUUUGGGAGUCAAGCUCAUCUCAACCACUCUCUUUGCCUAGCUUCCACUGAGAACAGGCUCCCUACUAUCAGCACCAUGAGGUCUGCCUGUCUCUCUCUGCUCCUGGUCACCGCCUGCUGGGCUCUGCCCUUUCGUCAGUCUGGUUUCUUAGACUUCAUGAUGGAUGAGGGGUCAGGGGACCCUGUUACUCAGUCCCCAUUGCCCCCCGUGAUUGGAGGCCCUAAAUGCCCCUUCAGAUGCCAGUGCCACUUGCGUGUGAUCCAGUGCUCUGACCUUGGCCUGAAGGCUGUCCCUGAGGAUAUUCCAGAUGACACCACCCUGCUGGACCUGCAGAACAACAAGAUCACUGAGAUCAAGGAAAAUGACUUCAAGAACCUUAAAGGACUACACGCUCUGAUCCUCGUGAACAACAAACUCACUAUCAUCCACCCCAAGGCCUUCAGCCCUCUGACCAAGCUGCAGCGCCUGUACCUGUCAAAGAACUUGCUAAAGGAAAUGCCGGCUAACAUGCCAAAGAGCCUGCAGGAGCUUCGCAUCCAUGAGAAUGAGAUCACCAAGAUUAAAAAGGCCUCUUUCCAGGGCAUGUCCCAUGUCAUCGUCAUGGAGCUUGGAUCCAAUCCUCUGAAAACUGCAGGAAUUGAGGCCGGUGCUUUUGCUGACCUGAAAAGGGUGUCUUACAUUCGCAUUGCAGACACUAACAUCACAGAGGUCCCCAAAGGUCUGCCCAGCUCUCUCUCUGAGCUUCACCUGGAUGGAAACAAAAUCACCAAGCUGACAGCUGACAGGCUCAAGGGCCUAAAUAACCUGGCAAAGCUGGGUCUGAGCUACAAUCAGAUCAGCUCUGUGGAAAACGGCACAUUGGCUAACACACCCCACCUGCGAGAGCUGCACCUUGACAACAAUGCUCUGACCAGCGUGCCUCCUGGCCUGCCCGACCAUAAGUACAUCCAGGUGGUCUACCUUCAUGCCAACAAGAUUGCUGCUGUGGGAACAGAGGACUUCUGUCCUCCCGGCUUCAACACCAAGAAGGCCAUGUACUCUGGCAUCAGCCUGUUCAGCAACCCCGUGCCUUACUGGGAAGUUCAGCCAGUCACCUUCCGCUGUGUCUUUGACCGCUCCGCUAUCCAGCUCGGCAACUACAGGAAGAAGUAGAGCGUCCUACAUGCCACUGCAAGGAAGUGUGUGUUUGUAAAUGAGUGUGUGAGAGUUUUGUAUGUGUGAGUGUUCGACAACAGCCCCACAACACUGACUCCCUACCAACACUGCCUUUCCACAAAUGAUGAUACAGUUAAUUCGCAUACUCAUUUCAAAACUCUGUGGACCUCAAACACAACGUAUCAGAUUCAAUAUUCAGCUUCAAGGUUUGUGCAACGAUAGUACCCACAGCUUACUGCAAAUACUAGCACACUACAGUGACGCUUUCGUGCACAGGGCACAUCAUUCACGGGACCAGUUACGCAAGCAUUAAUAUUGCAUAUAUGUUCACAUAAGUGCUGUAACAUAUUAAUGUGUAUAAUAUGUGCAAUUUAUUCAGUGGACAACAAAUUAAAAGAUGAACCCAAACCAAAAAAAAAAACCCAACAACAACAAAAAAAUCUCACUCAGUGGAAAUCUCAAUUUAAUCGCCUUUUAGACCUGUAGCAUUGUAUGAAUUAGCUGGCCUGUAGAGCAGGCAGCAAUGGGUUAACUUGUGUUUUACCCUUUAACAACCGGUAUACUAGAAUGUAGUAGAUAUUGCCUGUGUACUAGGAAUAGACUUCAAAGUGUAAUAUUACCAAGCUGCAUUUCAAGAACACAGAGUGUCUAUUUGAAUUGUUCUCAAUUCAAGUAGAGAUAAAAGCAGCAGUGAUUUCAUUUGCUUUGUGAUAUCUUGUGCUUCCUUCCAUGUUGUUUUAGCUCUGGAUCUUUUUAUAUAUUUUCUCCAUCACAUUCCAUCUCCUGUUCUGUUCCAAGUGUGUGCUUCCCAUAAAACAAGGUGAAAAUAGCUUGUUAAAUGUAGAAUAAAUCAUAUAUGUUUUAAACAGAAGCCAUGCCCAAAGAUUUAUAUGCAUGCUCUUAAUUUUUCCUUUCAACUUGAACCUGAUGCUUUCUUUAUUGUCGUGUUAAUGCGUGUAUGUAUCUACUUCAUGUUUACCUUCCCUUUAUUUUUAUUUUUUAUUCUUUUUGUUGGAAGUUGGAGGGUCUAUGUAGACUGACAUGCCAGCAGCAACCAUAUUGGUGUGAAUGUUGUAUGUAUAGAUGCUGUAUAUAAAUGCUGUAUAAAAACCUCUCAUUGCUUAAAUGCACAAGCACUUACCAUAGCUCAGACUUAAUAUAUCAGCAACAAACGUGUUCCUCUUUUUUUCGGAGCAGGGGCUCCAGCUAAGUUGUCAUGAACAAAAUAAAAAUACUAGUGGAAACAGUA